AUGCUACUGAAUACACGACGUUCACCAACCCGUGUUGAUAUAUGUGAUUUUAAUAGAUUAUAUUUACGUGAUCAUAAUUCAAAUACAAAUGCAAGAAAUUAUCUUUUAUCUAAAUCAUCACCACCACCUAAGUCCUAUCGUGAUUUACGUUUAGUUGUAACAAAUCGAAUUCCAUCAAAUAUUGUUAUUUUAUCAAAAACAUCAUCUUUUUCUCCAACAUCAAUAAAUCCAUCAAAAUUGCAACGACGAAAAAGUGCACAAAAAAAAAAUAAAAAACAGCCAGGUUUUGAUGUUUAUCGAUCACUUGUUCGAUCUAUAUCACAUUGUUCAAUAUCUUCUGAACGAGAUCUAUCAAAUGAUGAAAUGAAUCAUUUGGCAAAUUCGUUUACUGUUGAUCGUAUAGCUCUAUCACCAAGUGCUGGUUAUUUUUAUUCACAUAAUUUACCAAAAACUGAAAAAACUUAUACUUAUUCUAAUGAUAAACGAAGACCACUUAGUAGAGCAAGAACACUUUAUGAAUCAUAUUCAUCAUCACGUUUUGAAAAUCUUGAUUAUAUGCGAUCAAUAUCACCAGAAACAUUUCAUCGAACAACACCAAUUAAUCAAUAUUAUGAAGAAGAUAGUGAUGAAACACUCACAACAACAACAAACGUUUUGCCAUCUACGCCAACAAUUCGUACUCGUAAAGAAAUACAUGUUUAUAUACCACAAGUAUCAUGUUAG